CAACAUACCCGGAUUUGCAUGGAAAAAGAAACAAGACGACACGCGUUGAGGAGUUUGUUUAUACCGGCUGGCCGGCUCGACGAAGACUUUGACGUCUACUCUCUGGCCCGCCUACCGAGUUGAUUUUGAGAAGGUUGUAUUGUUUGGCUUGACUGUGAUGAAGGGAGGAGAGGAGGGAUACUCCUUUUUGCUACCUUGUCUCUUUUUCUCUCUUUUUUUUCUCUUUCUAUUUUUUUUUUCUUUUUCUGACAAAUGUUUUAUUUUACUGUUGACGACAAGAGCUUACUCAUGCCGUCGGAUUGAGGGUACACGUUAUACCAAACAUUUUCCGGACAUUGGAAGGGUUGUGGGAGGCGACGGAUUUUUCUUUUACGAAUGUAAUAUGAGCGGUUAUACGGCUUUUCCCCCUCCUCACUAUGUUUUCCCGUUUCACAUGGGGAUUCUUGUUUUUCUAAAUCAUCCCGCCUUGUUCUACGGAUAGUAAUUAGAGGAGCGAGUUGGCAGAUGGGGACACAAGUUUGAUAGUCACUAAGCCUGGGCACAAGAAAAAGCCUGAGGCAGAGGAGGAGUCGAUAGAUGAAUAAAAUAGUUUAAGUAUCUGUG